AUGGACGACUUUCCAUGGGAACAGGUGAAAGCAGGGGACCUGGAGAGUCUGCGAGUCGUUCUCUUUUCGAGUUCGACUGCUCGCAGAACUCGUGCUCUCCAGGAACUCCGCGAUAGAAUCGGUUCUGAGCUACCACAAGAAACCCAUAAACCUCUACUCGGACUUCUGUUUACUACUUAUCCGCUUUACAUCGAUCGCUCCUCCCGCCAGGCUGUCCAGCAAUGUCUGCGUACGCUCCUCAAGGCACCCAUCCCGACCGACGAUCUGAAAUACCUCGCCCAGAAGUUGCUGGUAGAGGCCUCAAAACCAGGCUUGGCUCCUUCGUCUGCGUUUGUCUUGCUGGAAUGGUGCUCUCUUCUUCUGCAGAUCUUGAAGGAUGAUCCUGACACUCCUCUCUCCGUCGUGCUGGAUAUUGUUGUGGUGAAUGCGAGGGCUCUGGAAACCUGCUUGGCCGCUGGCCCCAAACCGACGGUGAAGCAGUCUGCUCUUACGGUCACCAGGCGCGCCCUGCGUACCGUUUUCUCAUCGGAGGCAUGGGGCGAGGAUGCUGUCCGCCAAUCCGUCGCUCGAUUGACUAGCGACUCGGCCUCAGGACAGAAGAAUGCACCUUUCCUUGGCGUCAUCUCCGGCGUCUGUGUUCGUCUACCAAACAGGAAGUCGGUCUUGGAAGGGGAGAAGAAGUUGAUUCUGGCCUACUAUGUCAAGGAAUUGGUUGGAUCGAAGACCGCGGUGCCAGAGCACAUUGCAAGCGGCAUGGCUGACUUCUUUUCCUCUUUCGUCACAUACGAGGAUCUGGCGUCAGAAGUGGUGCCGCCUCUUGAAAAGGCGCUUUUACGUGCCCCCGAGGUGGUGCUGAGCGGGUUGAUCACAUCACUCUGCUCUUCAUUGCCGGCGGAGUUUGACUUGUCGGAGAUCCUGUUUUCCCGGCUACUGAAGCACCUUCUCUCCAGCAUGAAGUCGAACAAUGCAGUUAUAAGGCAAGGUGCUGUGCAGUCUCUUGAAUCUGUUCUUUCUAAAUCUCGGAAUGAGAGCGUGCUUUCCAAGAUUACUGGCGAAGUCAUUGGGCCACUCAAGACCCAGAAGAUCACAAGCCCGGAACAACGUGCAGUAUAUGCUCAGGCACUCUAUGGUUUAUUGCCUUCUGAGGCUGUCUCAAAAGACAUAGUACAGGGAUUCGUCCCCAUCUUCUCCAGAGAAUCCAACGAAGUCGCAUUGGAACAAGAAAUCAAAGCUUUCUGCAAGCAUCUCUUCUUCCUUCUGCAAUCCACGGUUAAGGUCAGCGAUGAUGUUGUCAAUACCGUCAUCAAGGGAAUUGCCGAUAAGCGUAUUCCAUUCAGAAAAUUGUGGCAACUGAAUGUGGGAGACGUGUUCUGGCGUGUCGAGGCAGCAACCUUGGCCAGUGCUGAAGUUGAGCCAUUCGCAACCAAGUUCUUGAACAAAAUGAAGGACUUGUUCAACGAAGUUACUUCUAACCCCUUGCCAUCGGCUCAGAGUGGCUCUUUAUCGGCAGCAUAUGUUUUCCUUGCAUUCUACGAGCGUGCGACUACUGCUCAGGGCCUGGACAAGACCGUCUGGGAGAACAUCGUGUCUCAAUCAAUGCUGCUUAGUCCAAAGCCAUCUUUCCUCCUUAACGCUAAGGCAUAUACCAAGAUAGUCACUCAAGGAGAGAUUGAAUGGGUAGUUCGAGCACUUGCGGCUGUGUCGUCUGGGUCUAAGUUCGAAAGUGCCGAAGAAGCGGCCAAGAUUGCUUGGGCCCAGGCGUUCAUCUACACUAUCACGGCUCCUGUGCUUCGUACGGAUUUCCGAGAGGAAGCAGCCCAUACGCUUUCAGUUGUUCAUCUGCAGAGACCUGAACUAAUGGGUCGCGUGAUCAGCGAAGCUCUCUGGGCCUGGAUUCUCUCUCUGAGAACUGCGGAGAAAGAGUCUGCUGCCUUGUCCACCGGACCUGGAAGUGACAAAUUACUUCACCUGGUCGCAAAGGCCAUAUGUCCCUCAGCCUCCGAUGUGCAUUCCGACGCUAUCUGUGCUGAUUUGAAGAAGCAACUCGUUCAGUUGCUUGUUAUCUGCCGGCCAGAAUUGAUUCCCAAUGUCUCGUGGAUUGCGCUUUGUUUGAGGACUGGCAUCGAUCCCGGCGAUCUAGUCCGGGAAUAUUGCGAUGAUUUCAUGAAGCAAUUGACUCAGGUGCAGGAGGACCCAAUCCGAUCUUCAAUCCCCGGCAUCGAUGCAGCCAUUUGGAGUGCCGCAGGCGAUUUGGCUUUCGUGGCACCUGACACCAUGAUCCCUCGUCUUAUCCGCCAAAUUAAAGACGAUCUUGAUGCUUCACGUUUCUCGAAAUUCACGCCUACGGACGCAGCCAUUGCCCGCACUCCCGAAGGAACCAUGUUUGUUGACGUCCUCAGUACCAAGAAACAGUCAACCUUUGACAAGAACACUAAGGACUACGACACCCUCAAGUGGGAAGAAGAGCUGCGAGCACAGCUGGCUCAAAAGAAAGGCCAGACGCAAAAGAAGCUUACCGCAGACGAACAGGCCAAGGUCAAGGCUCAGCUUGCAAAGGAAUCCAAAAUUCGUGAAGAAGUUCAGCGAGAGGUGAAGCGCAUUGAAAGAGGCGCCGGAAUCAUCCAGGGUCUUGCAAGUGGGCCUGCCGUUGACGCCGAUGGCUGGAUCAAUCCUGCUGUGAGUUCUUUGCUAUCUUUAGCGAAAGCUGGUGUUGGAUUAUUUGCGGGUGAUGUCGUGUCCAAGGCCUACUUGAAAUGUGCUGAGAAACUCUCAUCCCGCCUGGGCCCUUUGCGCCCCUUUGUCGGUGUCGCGACACUGCGCACAAUCGGCGGGUCUCAUCUUCCUGCUGAGGUGGAAGCCGAGCCACUUGGCGAGCUUGUUACAAGAAUUCUCUAUCGCCUUCGUUUUGCGUCUGAACAGCGUCCAUUCGAUAUGACUUCUUUGGCUUACGUUCUACCCUUGAUAUUCUUGGUUCUUAGCCGCAACGGUAUUGAAGAAGUCAAAGGCGAAGGUGAAGGAGAGCAGUUGCUUCUGGCCCUCGAGUUCUUGUCUUUCCACUCCGGCUCGUUUUCCGACAACCGUCUCCCUAGGGUUGAGGUUUUGGAUCACCUACUGAAAGCCAUGCAAAAAUUCACCCAGCAUUACAAGCUGAUUAAAGAUACCCUGUUUGACUUCUGCCGGUGCAUCGCCUCCAAUAUCACCACCGAUGAGCUGAACGUGCUCCUCGAAGGCACAAUCAUCUCGGACACGACUGUCCGAACUGCAGUCCUUCAAGCCAUCGAAUCCGAAAUUGACCUCACUGAUCUGGACUUCUCUGAGCACAUCUGGCUGAGCUGCCAUGAUCAGGUGGAGGAAAAUACCGAAAUUGCCGAGACCAUCUGGGAGGAGAAUGCGCUAGAAGUUGAAGAGACAUCGUAUGAGAAGAUUAUUCCAUAUCUUUCAUCCAAUGAUUCUCAGCUCCGAGGUGCUGCUGCUCGCGCAUUGGCGCAUGCAGUUGAGCUUAACCCGUCUGUAUUUGGGGACAUUGUUCAACAAUUACAAUCCAAAUAUGAAGAUGAGGCGAAGCCCAAGCAGCCCGGCAAGGACAAGUAUGGCAUGCCCCUCAAAGUGGACACAACCGAUCAUUGGGAAUGUCGCAGUGGUAUUGCUCUGGCGUUCGGCGCGAUGACAAAUGGAUUUGAAGGUGAUCAGAUCGUUUCAUUCCUUCGUUUCUUGAUCGAAAGGGGUCCCCUUAUUGAUAGGAGCUCGGUGGUGAGGUCCCAGAUGGCCGACAGCGGCAGAUCUGUUAUCGCCGCCCGUGGCCAGCAGAGGGUUGAGGAAUUGAUGAAGAUGCUGGAGACUACUCUGGAGACCUCGGACAAGGGAAGCCAAACAUCUGAUCUUCUAAACGAAGCAGUUGUCGUUCUGUAUGGUUCCCUAGCUCGGCAUCUCAAAUCGGAUGAUCCGCGGUUGCAAACAGUCGUCAAGAGACUUCUGGCUACGCUUCCAACCCCCUCAGAGACCGUCCAAUCCGCCGUCUCAGGAUGUCUUCCACCCCUCAUCCGGCUCUGCGGCCCAAAGAGUGGAGAAUAUGUGCAAGAAAUGCUCAAUCAACUUCUGCAGACCAAGAAUUAUGCUACACAACGUGGCGCAGCUUAUGGUCUUGCUGGCAUUGUUCAUGGAAGAGGUAUCUCUACUCUGAGGGAGUUCCGGGUUAUGUCUCACUUGACGGACGCCACUGAAAAUAAGAAAGAAGCACACCAACGGUUGGGUGCCCUAUUGGCAUAUGAACUCUUCGCAACCAUUCUUGGACGAACUUUCGAGCCAUAUGUCAUCCAGAUCGUCCCUCAACUCCUCGCUGGCUUUGGUGAUCCCAGUAUCGACGUGCGCGACGCCUGUCUCGACGCCGCAAAGGCUUGUUUCUCCAACCUCAGCUCCUACGGUGUAAAGAAAAUCCUUCCUACUCUGCUCGAUGGUCUGGACGACACGCAAUGGCGCAGUCAAAAGGGAGCCUGCGACCUCCUCGGAGCGAUGGCUUACCUCGACCCACAGCAGUUGGCGGCGAGUCUGCCCGAUAUCAUCCCUCCACUUACUGUGGUCCUCAACGAUACUCAUAAGGAGGUGCGCAAUGCUGCAAACCGCAGUCUUCAACGAUUCGGCGAGGUCAUCAGCAACCCUGAAGUGAAAGGUCUGGUUAAUGUGCUCCUCAAAGCCCUUAGUGAUCCCACUAAGUACACGGAUGAAGCCUUGGAUGCACUCAUCAAGGUCUCGUUCGUUCACUACCUCGAUGCUCCCUCUCUGGCACUUGUUGUCCGUAUUUUGGAGCGUGGUCUCGGCGACAGAUCGAAUACCAAGAAGAAAUCUGCACAAAUCAUUGGUAGUUUGGCUCACCUUACUGAGCGGAAGGAUCUCAUUUCUCAUCUGCCUAUCAUCGUUUCGGGAUUGCAGCUGGCGAUCGUCGACCCAGUGCCGACUACUCGUGCUACCGCGUCCAAGGCUCUUGGUUCGCUCAUUGAGAAGCUUGGUGAGGAUGCUCUGCCUGACCUCAUUCCCAAUCUCAUGUCCACACUCAAGUCGGAUACUGGCGCUGGUGACCGGUUGGGAUCCGCCCAGGCUCUUUCGGAGGUGUUGGCGGGCUUGGGCACAACCAGAUUGGAAGCAACGCUACCAACCAUUCUGCAGAAUGUGGCAAGCUCGAAGCCUGCUGUCCGAGAAGGCUUUAUGACACUCUUCAUUUUCUUGCCUGCCUGCUUUGGAAACAGCUUCGCGCCUUAUCUCAGCAAGAUUAUCCCGCCCAUCCUUGCAGGAUUGGCUGAUGAUGUGGACUCCAUCCGUGAGACGUCCCUCAAGGCCGGUCGUUUGCUGGUUAAGAACUUCUCUUCCAAGGCUAUUGACUUGCUUCUUCCGGAGCUUGAACGCGGUCUUGCGGACGACAGUUACCGUAUCAGAUUGAGCUCCGUUGAACUGGUGGGUGAUCUGCUCUUCAGCAUCACGGGUAUCACAGCCAAGGCAGAUGCCGAGGAAGAAGAAGAGGAGGCUGCCCAGGCCGGCCAGUCACUGCUCGAGGUUCUCGGAGAAGAGAGGAGAAACAAGGUCCUGUCUGCACUGUUCAUCUGCCGCUGCGAUACAUCUGGUCUUGUCAAGAGCGCAGCGAUGGCCGUUUGGAAGUCGCUCGUUGCGUCCCCCAAGACACUCAAGGAGAUGGUGCCUACGCUGUCGCAGUUCAUUAUCCGGCGUCUUGGAUCCUCGAACAUGGAGCAUAAGGUUAUUGCCAGUAACGCUCUCGGAGACCUUAUCAAGAAGGCCGGUGAAUCUGUGCUUGCCACCUUGCUGCCGUCUCUUGAGGAGGGGCUUCGCACUUCGCCCGAUGUAGAUGUUAAGCAGGGUAUUUGCAUUGCUUUGAGAGAACUCAUUACCUCCGCUUCUCCUGAGGCCCUGGAAGACUACGAGAAGAUUCUCAUAUCUACCGUGCGGGUGGCUCUCGUCGAGAACGAUGAGGACGUCCGUGAAGCGGCAGCAGAAGCCUUCGAUGCACUCCAGCAGAUUCUGGGCAAGAAGGCCAUCGACCAGGUCCUGCCUCAUCUCCUGAUGCUCUUGAGAAACAACGAGGACGCUGAGCAAGCACUUUCGGCACUCCUCACCCUCCUCACCGAGCAAACAAGAGCCAACGCCAUCCUUCCCAACCUUAUCCCAACCCUGCUUGCUUCGCCUAUCUCUGCAUUCAAUGCCAGAGCGCUCGCAUCGUUGGCUGAGGUGGCAGGUUCGGCCAUGACACGCAGGUUGCCCACAAUCCUCAACUCCUUGAUGGACAACAUCCUCGCAACUAAGGACGAGGAGCAAAUCCAAGAACUGAACAACGCGUUCGACACCGUCUUGGUAUCUGUAGACGAAUUCGAUGGUCUGAAUGUUGCGAUGAACGUCAUGAUGGCGCUUCUGAAGCAUGAUGAUCACCGGCGCCGCGCCAGCGCUGCUCUCCAUCUGAACAAGUUCUUCUCCGAUGCCGCGAUCGAUUAUUCCAGAUACUACCAGGAUCUUAUCCGCGUCCUACUUAUUUCGUUUGACGAUUCCGACAAGGAAGUUGUCAAGGCCGCUUGGAGCGCACUCAGCGGCCUUACGUCGCACAUGCGCAAAGAAGAAAUGGAGGUUCUUACGAUCCCGACACGUCAGAUCCUGCGGCAAGUGGGCGUAUCUGGAGCCGAUCUGCCUGGUUUCAGCCUGCCGAAGGGUAUCACUGCUAUCUUGCCAAUUUUCUUGCAGGGUCUCCUCAACGGCAACGUGGAACAGCGUACGCAAGCGGCACUGGCCAUUGGCGACAUCAUCGACCGUACCAAUGCAAACUCGUUGAAGCUGUUCGUCACACAAAUUACUGGUCCUCUUAUCAGGGUUGUUUCUGAACGUUCGGUGGAAAUCAAGUGUGCUAUCUUCUUCACACUCAACAAGCUCCUUGAGAAGAUUCCGCUCGCAGUCAAGCCGUUCCUGCCACAGCUUCAGCGUACAUUUGCGCGAGGUCUGGCUGACUCGACCAGCGAGACACUGCGUAACAGGGCUGCAAAGGGUCUUGGAAUCUUGAUUACAUUGACUCCAAGAGUCGAUCCUCUUAUUGCAGAAUUGAUUACGGGUACGAAGACAGAGGACAUUGGCGUGAAGAACGCGAUGAUGAAGGCACUGCAGGAGGUUGUGGGCAAAGCUGGCGGCAAUAUGAGUGAUGCUUCCAAGAAUGCCAUCCUUGCGUUGAUCGACGAUGACGCUAGCGAUCAGACCGAUGGUGUUGCUAUUACAAACGCCAAACUGCUCGGCGCGCUGGUCAAGGUUCUUCCUCCCGCAACCGCGAGUCCCCUGAUCAAGAACCGUGUUCUCGCGAGCCACAUGACACACGCAUCGAUUUUGGGAUUGAACGCCUUGCUCGUUGACUCACCCUCAUCUUUGACUGAGAAUUUCGCCGCCGAAACCCAGUCGAUCAUCUGCCAAGGCGUUUCCAACAAGGAUCCUUUCAUUGCUGAAAACAGCGUACUUGCUGCUGGAAAGUCCCUCCUGAUCGAUGAUGCGAACCGCAACUUCGAGGCAAACAAGGCUAUCUUCGAAGCUCUGGCGCCUUGCAUCCAGGCAGGCAUGCCUGCCGACGUUCGUCGUUUGACCUUGGUGGUCCUGCGAACGGUGAGCCGAUUGCACCCAGAGUUGACCCGGCCCCAUCUGGCUUUGCUUGCACCUCCAAUCUUUAGCUGCGUUCGUGACGUGAUCAUCCCCGUCAAGCUAGCUGCUGAAGCGGCAUUCUUGUCCCUCUUCUCGGUCGAGGAAUCUGAAAGUGCUGUCUUUGACAAGUAUAUGGCUGGGCCUGGAGCAGAACUGCCCCCUGGGCCCAAGCGGAGCAUGUCCGACUAUUUCAAGCGUGUUGCACUCCGUCUUGCCAGCCAGGCUAGAGAACGGAAAGAGGCUGAAGGUGGACAGGGAGGACUGGGUCUAUCCAAUGACGAGGUCGAGGAUGAGAAGGAAGUGUGGAGCAUCGGAAAGGUCGAUCUUGGGGAGAGCUCAUUUGCCGAUGAAUGA